CAGACUUAAAAGUUUCAAGCUACGUAACCGUACAUGUGUAAGCACAUUAUUGUCACUGUUGAAUAAUAUAAGCUCUGUAAUUACAUGAAAAUUUCAUAAGGAAUAUCGUAGUUACUAAGUUUUUACGAUUUUUAAUGGAGCAAUCAAUGUUAUUAGCAACUAACCAAGAAGCAAUGCACAAUGAAUGUCUUACUACUCCAAGUAGAGCUCAGAAACGCCUUUUUGUACCAUCUAGCAACUCCAGUAAGAGGAGUUUAUUUAACGAAAAAAAAGAAGUGAGAAAUAUAACAGAAAAUAUUUCAGAUGCAGAAUCUGAUUUAGGACCAAUGUCUCCUUUGGCUCUAACUGAUCAUAGCAGUUGUGAUAGUUCACCUGGAAGACAAUUUAUAUCUCCUCUAGCUACACCUGAAAAAUCACCAACAAUACCACUUUCUAAUUGGGAUUGUAUGAUACCAACUUCAACAAAUAGUACCUCAAAAGAGCGUUUAUCUCCUUUUAGUUUUCUUAAAAGGGUAACAAAAUCAGCCAGAUCUUCUCCUAGAAGGAUAUUAUUGCUUUCACCAAAAUCAAAAUCAUCUCAUUCCAGUCAAGAUAUUCAAGCAAAAAGUACAAUAACAAGUUCUAAUUCAACAAAUACUAUUAUGUCUGAAGAAAUAGUUCCAGAAACACCUGGGAAAGAAUCAGACUUUGAUGAUCAAUUAUCAUAUGUUGCUGAAACACCUCAAAAAGAAGACCACAUAGAAUCUAAUCAAAUUACACCCUUAGGAUCAGUUUAUAAAAAUAUUCCAAUUCCCAGAAUACAUAGAAGGAAGUCUUUGAGCUCUUUAGAACCAAAUAAGUGCAUUUCUCCGGAAACUAAAAAAUUAAAUUUUAUGAGACAUUUAGAAGAUUCACUAAUCUUGACUACUGCUAAAGUAAAAAAGACUGAAGAAUUGCCAUUAAUACCUAGAGCCAGAGCAGCAUUAUUUCAAGAAAAUAAAAAUAUUUCUAAGCAAGAUAAAGAAUUUACUUUGAAUACAAAAUCUUUUUAUGGAUCUAAUGACAAAUCUAAUAAAUCUAUUACAGUAGGAUGGAAAGAUUCACAGAUUGACCUUAAAAGGAAAAAAAGUUUAUCUUCUCAUCAUUUUACACAGAAAAAAUCAAUAAAAAGACACAGAAAAGGUGAAAUUAAUUGUGGUGUGCACCAUGGCAUUAGAAAACCAAAACUCAAACGUCAAUCAAUACAAACUGACUUACUUGACACUCAAAAGCAAAUUGAUAACUCCAAUUUUUCUAAUAACAAAAAUAACGUAAAAGAAAAUUGGAAUCCUAAAAUUAGAAAUCAAAAUGACACAAAUGAAAAAAAAUGUUUAGAUGACAAGUCUAACAAAAAAUUUUUCAAAUCGAAAUUCGAAAAUAAAUCAAAUAUUGCUACAAAUAAUAUAAUGAAAUCUCGAAGUUUUAUGAAUCAAGAGGAAGUCGAACAUAUUAAUAAAAAACUUAGAUUGGAUGGACCAAAAUUUGAUGCUUCAGAUUUAUUAAUAGAAGAGCCUUCAAUGCAAGAAUCUUUAGAGCCAGAUAAAGUUGAUAAUAUUUUGAAAAUUUUAGAAGAUGAUUGGGCAGAUGAUGAUGAAUAUGAUACUACUGCAACUGAAUUUAUAACAAAAAAAGCGUCUCCUAAUAAUUCAAAUAUAAGAUUGAAAGACCUUACUAUGUCUCCAGGUAGUGAGCUUAGUAAUAUGGCUUCUACCAUGAAUAUUGAUGAUAUUUCUUAUCCUUUAAAUAUUACCAGUACAUCGAGCAAUGAAAUAUCAGUUCAAAAGUAUUACCCAUUAUUUUCCAAAGGAUAUUCAUCAAGUUUUAAUGAUGAAUACAAUAACAAAAAACGCAAGCGAUCAACUAAUUGGCAAUUAUCUAUGAAAUGUAGCAAUUCUGAAAACCAAUAUCAAAUUGAUGCUGGUCAAAAAAAUUUUGGUGCUACACAAUGUACCGAAUGCAAUAUUGUAUAUCAAAUUGGUGAUCCUGAUGAUGAAAACGCUCACUUGAACUACCACAAUAGUUUCAAAACUCUGAAAUUUCAGGGUUGGAAAAAUGAAAGAGUAGUUUUUACAGAUUUCUAUACUUCCAGUCGAAUUAUUUUAGUAGAACCUAAAGAUUCCAAUUUGUAUUGGAAGAAAGUAACAGAAAUUUUGGAAAUUGUUGAUCGAGACUUAGGACUAUCAGACAUGAAGUUAUCAUUUUAUAGAGAUAAAAAGGUUUAUUUGUAUGUAAGAGAUAAAAUUAUUUUAGGUGUUUUAGUUGCAGAAUAUAUUAAAAGUGCAUUUAAGAUGAUACCAGAACUGGUUGAGUUAAAUUGUUGCACUUCAGAAACUACUCCAGUAAAGUGUGGUGUAAAUGUUGUUUGGACAGCAAUGAGUCAUCGUCGACAAGGAAUAGCUACUAAACUUGUUGACAUGCUGAGGGUAAAUUAUUACUAUGGUUAUAUAAUGUCUAUAGAUGACAUUGCUUUUUCUGCACCGACGCCAUCAGGGAAAUCAUUUGCAGAAAAGUAUACAAAAACUCGUAAUUUUAAAGUAUAUUAAUAUUAUUAAAAUAUAUUUUUGUAGUUGUCAAAUUAUGAUGCAAAUUAUUAUUUUCAAGAUCUCAUUGAUUGAUUUUGUAUCAAUAACUUUAGUAAAUUUUAAAUCAAUUAUAGACAAAUAUAAAGCACAGAAACUUGUUUUACUAUUUUACAAUGCAACUUAAAUUUCAAUUGUAAUUAAUUGAUUUUCAUUUUAUAUAGCAACUGAUUCUUAAAUACUUAAGUUCAGAAUAAUACCUAGUUCUUUUUUCGUAUUUAUUUAGAGUGAUUGAAAAUAUUUAACGUUUUGUAA